AUGGGCCGCCAGAUCCUGACCUACUACCUCAACGAGAGGCCUACGGGCAAUAUCGUCCAUGGCCAGACUUUUAGAUCAGAGAAGACCGAGGCUCCUACUGCCGACCAGCUCAAGGAUGGCCAGGUUCUCGUCGAGGCGCUAUACCUGUCUCUGGACCCUGCCAUGAGAGGCUGGUUGAAUGACAUUCGAUCCUACUUGCCACCAGUAGCCAUUGGCGAGAAGAUGCGGGGCUCGGCCAUCAGCCGCGUUCUGGCAUCCAAGAACCCCAAGUUCAAGGAGGGCGAUAUCGUCAACGCCUCCAUCGGCUGGACCGAGAUGGCCAUUGUUGACGAGAAGCUCCUUGACAAGGUUGAACUGCCACAGAAUAGCCGGAUCACCGAUUCGCUCGGUGUCCUGGGCAUGACGGGCCUGACGGCCUACUUUGGUCUGGAGAAGAUUGGCAACGUCAAGCCUGGCGACGUGGUGGUCGUCUCAGGCGCUGCUGGUGCCACGGGCUCCGUCGUCGGUCAGAUUGCCAAGCUCAAGGGCGCCCACGUUAUCGGUAUUGCCGGCUCCGAUGACAAGUGCAACUGGCUCAAGUCAGAGCUUGGUUUCGACGAGGUCCUCAACUACAAGUCGCCAACCUUUACCAAGGACUUUGUCAAGCUGACGCCCAACUUUAUCAACGUCUACUGGGACAAUGUGGGUGGUGAGAUUCUCGAGCUGGCGCUGAGCCGCGCCGCGUUCCGCUCCCGUUUCGUUAUGUGCGGCAGCAUCUCGGGCUACAACUCGCCCGGCAAGGAGUCCAAGGGCAUCCGCAACCUGUUCCAGGUGACGACGCAGCGCAUCCGCAUGGAGGGUUUCAUCGUCUUUGACUUUUUGACCGAGUACGUCCCUGCGCGCAAGGAGCUGUACCAGUGGCUCAGCGAGGGCAAGAUCAAGCGCGCCGAGCACAUUAUUCAGGGCGGUCUCGCCAACGUCGAGAACGCUUGGGACGAGCUCUUUGCAGGCCGCAACACUGGAAAGCUCCUGCUCGAGGUCAAGCCCAACGAGGAGAAGGUGAGUGCCCACCUCUAA